AGAGAAAGAGAAAGAGAAAGAGAGAGAGAGAGAGAGGGAGAUCGAGAACGAAAGAAAGAGAGAGAAUGGAGACGAUGAUCGUGGCUGAGCCGGCGGUGAAGGAUCCUGGGACCAUCAGAGUGGCCCAGAAGAAGAACAGGAUCCAAGUCUCCACCAACAAGAAGCCUCUGUACUUCUACGUCAAUCUCGCUAAGAGGUACAUGCAGAACUACAAUGAGGUCGAGCUCUCUGCGCUUGGCAUGGCUAUUGGUACAGUUGUUACUGUUGCUGAGAUUCUGAAAAACAAUGGCCUGGCUACUGAGAAGAAGAUCCUGACAUCAACUGUUGGCACAACAGAUGGCAAUAAAGGCCGCACUGUCCGAAAAGCCAAGAUUGAGAUACUGCUGGGGAAGACAGAGAACCUGAAGGAGCGCAAGCCUGCUGACAGUACCGACUCUAACAAGGAAGAUGAAAGUGCUGAAAGUGCGGAAAGUGCUGAAAGUGCUGAUUGAGGAAUUGUGUAUUCCUCAAGUGUUCUGCCUGAAUUUUUCCAGGUUUCUGUUGUUGUUUGUAAAGCCAUUGUAGUGAAGAAUGCCAUUGUAGUCAGUGCAUCUGACAUGGCAACUGAUAGCAAACCAUAUAUGUUGUAGAAUGACUGCCUUGAUUCUUUGUUUCUUUUUGGUGUUUUCCUUUGUUGAUGAGAGAUCUGCAAACCUUCCUUACAGGUUGUUUCAAAACUUACAUUUUCAUUUCUUUAUAAUUCAAUUGGUUUGAACUGUUAUCUGAAUCAUUGUUCCUUUA